GCAUAUAUAAUUUGUAUAAUAACUCGCGCAAGUCACAAGCAAUUGCUCAAUCUUCCUUGAACUGUAAACGUGACUUGCUGUUAGUCUCUUUUCCUUUAAGAGAAAAUGUUGAAAAUUGAAAUUCAAGUUUUCCUUUAAACGCGGAUCUUGUGAUCAACGUGCAGUUCUUACAAAUAAAGGAAAUUCAAAGCCUUCUAUAGACUACACAAGGAGAAGUGGAUAUAUGCCUUAACGUCGGUAUCAAUCUCAUUUUCAAUUGGAGGAUUUCGGCCUGCAAGUAAUUCUUCUAAGCAAAAAGAUUGUUUCUGUGCUCCGAAGGAAAUGGCACUGUUACCUAUCAUCUAGAAAAAGAUAUGUAGAAUGAAUAAAUGAGCAACAAUUCUUUUGAGAGUGUGAUAAAAAGAAUUUAAUGAGAAAAUGGCUUCAGGUUUUCAACGUGAUCGUGGAUUUUCAAUACCAUCUUCAACAUGGACCCGAUGUACUUCACCCUGGUCAGUAUAUUAUGACAGUGAUGAUGAAGAUGAUUAUGAUGAUGAUGACGAAGAUGAUGAUGAUGAUGAUAAUGAAGAUAAUGAUGAUGAUGAUGAUGAUGAUUAUGAUGAUACACAAAGUGUAGUGUGCUCCGUAUGUUAUGACAAUGAUUUUGGUGAUGAUUAUGAUGUUGAUGACGCAUUUGAUUAUCAACCCGCUCGUCAUGAAAAACCAAAGCUACUACAAAGGAUGGUUAGAAUUAGAAGAGAUGUUUUAAAAUUCAUAUCAAAUCGAAGCAAAUUCUAUAGGCAGCUUGAAGAAGAAUUGGAAACAAUGUCCGCUGAUUUUGAACUGUUUCCGAACAAAAGUCAACUUAUAGUAACAAAGAGACCUGGUUCAAAGUACAUUAAAAACUGGAGUAAUUGCUCUGCUAGUGUGGUAAGAACGUUCUUCAGCCGUUUUGUUAAAGAGUGUUUUGAUAUCAAUUAUUCAGAGCGAUUAAAGAAAGAAUUGGGAAAACUUCGUCGUAAAUUGCGCUCUUGCUCUGCAGCUGCUUGUUGGAUCCAGGAUAGCAAUACAAAGUUAGCAAUUAUGACUGAACGUCAUGAGAUGGAUCGUGUUCUGGAAAUUGUUGAAAAGUUCCUUUCUGAUAAAGGUUUUCAAUGUGAUCGUGGAUUUUCAAUACCAUCUUCAACAUGGACCCGAUGUACUUCACCCAGGUCAGUAUAUUAUGACAGUGAUAAUGAAGAUCUUGAUGAUAAUGAUGAAGAUGAUGAUGAUGAUGAUAAUGAAGAUUGAUGAUAUGAUGAU